UCUUCAGUGAUGAUGUGAAAAUAAUGCCAUGAAAAUUAUGGAUCCGUUUUCUGAUACAGGUCAUGAUGGAAACUCUCAACAGCAGAAUGUAUAUUUACAGCCAUCAUGUGAAAAAGGUAUACUGUAUAACUACCCUGCAGUUUUGAAGUUACUGAAUCAAAAACUUCCAUUCGGUCUCGCUGAAAUUGCUCGCUGCUUCAGGAAGAAUAUACAUGACAAUUCGGACAAAUUUUUAUUCAAUUUACCUGAAUUUACCCAGAUGUCUAUGCAGUUCUACUCACCGCCAAGCGUGGCAACAAAAUGGAUGAAUGUAUGGCAGCGUGAAAGAAUUAUAUGGUGGAGAAAGUUUGCUGGUUAUCCUUCCAAGUUUCACCUAACUGACAUUAAAAUGACAGAGACACAACAGACAGUCGAUAUACAGUAUGAAUUCCCAUGGGGAGUGGAUUCAGUAGAAAUAAUCACAAAUAGGGGUGAUGUUGAUUUAGUGGAACUGGAGAGACAGAGUGGAAUAAAUAUGCAGGGAAGAUAUGGGAGGAAGGUUGUAACACCGGUAGUCAUAGAAACCACUGCUGGACUAGAUCGAGGAAUGUUAGCAUAUCUCUUGGAUGCGUAUCAAGAAAAAGAGAGAUCAGAUACAAGGGGCAAACUAAAGGAACGAAAGAUUUUGCGGUUACACAUGAAGAUUACACCUAUCAAAGUUGUGGUUCAUCCUAUUAAGAACACCAGAGAACUAAGAGAGAUUUCUGAGCAUCUUGCCAAAGAAUUGCGUCUGUCUGGUGUAAACACGCUCUAUGUGUGUGAUGCAAUGACCUUGGACCAACAUCUUGUCAGGUUUGAUGAGAUGGGUGUGCCAUUUACUGUAAUAAUCAAUGAAGGCACUUUAAAGACUGGUGUGAUUGGCAUGAGAAGUAGAGAUACUGCACUAAGGGAACAAAUGCACAUCACAGAAGUCAAAACAUUAUUACUGGAACACCUGAAGAAAGAAUGAGUUAGCAUGUGAUCACUACCCAUUUGGAAGUAUACAUUGAAUGUUGUGAAUACUACUCAAUCAGUAAUAUAUCACUGUAAACCACUUUUACCGGUAAUUAUGCGAGUCCGGGGCACGUACGACAUUCACAUUUAACCAUUUUUCCUGCAUUACCAAUUACCAAUUUUGUAAUUUAUGUCAGAAAAUCAAACCUGGUGAUAUAAUGAGCUGAAAUUCAGCUGUAUCUUUCAUGACAACUAUAUUUUAAGGCAUCAUUUAUCAUAAAGAAAGUGUUGCACC